GAACAUAAUGUCACUGUGGAAGUUGUUUGAAGGGGCCAGGUACUGUGGAGGUGUGUGUGAACACAGUCUCAAAAGAUACAAGAGAAUAAGAGACAACAGAGAUAAGUUGGUGGAACUGGGUUUUAUGACACUAGAUGAACCACUGGAAUGUUACCGGACUAAAGAAUGGGAGGAACAUACCUCAGCCUACUCACAGUAUGAAACAUUGCUGAAUCAGUAUGAAGAUGGGUUGAUAAAACUUGAGGAGGUUGUUAAUAUUGAUCCCAGAAACCCCGCUGAGAGGUACAGCUCAGACAGUGACAAAGACAGUCCUGUAGUCAAUAAGAAGAAGAAAUCUCCCAACAAAAAGAAGAAGUCCCAGAAAGGUAAACAAAAGAAUGGAAGAGUUGAGACUAAAAUGAUAAAAGAAGAACAGCUGGAUUGUGUGGAAUGUGUAAGACAAGUUAAUCAGCCUGAAGAAGCUGAAGCUCCUGAAGUAGAGGAACUAGAGAUGUUCCUACACUCAGAACCUGAGUCUGUACCAGCAUUACAAGAUCUACUUGUCAACAAGAAUCUAGCUUCUCACCUCGGAGAAGGUCCUGUAGAUGUGUGUAAACUGAUUGCAGAAAACCCUGAGUUUACACAUGAAAUAUGUGAGGCUAACAUAGACUCUCUUAUGUCUGAUGAGGAGUUCUAUAAAAUUACUUGUGAGACUUAUCCUGGUGGCUGGGAGAAAUUCCUGGAGGACAUGGAGAAUGAAGAGUCUUCAGAUGAGGAGAUAGAUAGAAUUGAGCUGCCCCCUGACCUCUAUAAUGAACUUAUGUCAGACAAGAGUAAUGAUGUACCUGACGAUGAUGAGGAACAGUAUAAGUUUGGUAGAAUAAACAAGGACCAGGCAGAUACUUGUCUUGAUCGAGCACUUGAGUUGUAUGAUAACUAUCACAACAUGACUCAGGACGAGUAUAACAAAAAAGUGAAGGAAGUGCUCAAAGAUAUGGAUAGAAUUACUGUUCUAGAUAAUGUUGGCGACCAUACCAAAGCGAGUACUAACAAAAGUAUCAUACCACAAAGAAAAGAAUAUAUUGGAACAACACCUGAACAUAAUGAAAACUUACCCUCUUGUAGCAGUACCCACAACGAUACUGAACGUAGUGACAUGGUAACUCCAGAUAAAAGAAGCAGUAGUUAUCAUAAGAGUAUAAGAGACAAUGUGAGAAUUGAUAACACAUCUGGUGUAACAACAGAGUCUAAUACCAGCUCCAGCUCUGUAACACAAACAAAGAAACUCCCCACCAUACUUAGUAACAGAGAAGUGUACGAGAAUAUUGACAAUAUUCCCCGUCCUUCUUAUUGGUUACCUGAGUCAGAACCUGACCCUGAGAAGAAAGAAGAAGAGAUAGAUGAUUUUGAGUAUCUAGGAAUGUUGGAUGAUGGUUAUCUACUGAGCUUGUUCGACGAAGAUAAAGAAUCAGAAGAGAUUCCAAACAUUACACAGACAAACAUUAGUGUUCCUACAGAAACGACUGCUGAGAGAGAUAAUAUUCAGGAAGACUUUUCCAAGACAGAACUUGAAGCAGCUGCAGGAAAAGCUUCUAAAAAUAUACGUAGUAACCCUCCUAGAGUUGCUAAAGAGGGGGUUACAUACCGUGAUGAUAACGAUAAUCUGGAGGAGGUGUUACAGUCUGAAUAUUUUUGUUGGCAGUGUAAAGAUUAUGUGAGGGGAGAAUGUGAACUACAUGGUCCUUUACUCCCCUGUUUAGAAGACAUCACUCAACCGGGAACUAAGAAGACUGCAAACUUCCCAGCACCUAGUUGUAUUGAAAUCAAGGAAUCUACAAUUCCCAGGGCUGGAGAUGGAGCUUUUGCGUCUCAGUUUAUUGAACCAGGAAGUAUAUUGGGUAACUACAAGGGAAAAGUCAUAUCAGAAAAGGAGUACAAGAAGUUAGAGUCUUCAGAUAAAGAGAGUGGAUAUGCGUGGAGAGCUGUUAGUCAGGACGGAGAUGUUAUCUAUCUAGAUGGGGCUAGUCACAGGGCUAGCAACUGGUUACGGUUUCUUAACUGUGCUCGGGGUCAAUGUGAAGAGAAUGUCCUUGUUAGAAAUAUCCCAGGUGGAAUACAGUAUUAUUCGUAUAAACCAAUUGGGUUGGGAGAGGAAUUACUAGUUUUUUACGGAGAGGACUAUUUCGAAGAGUUAGGGUAUUCGUUGCAGACUGAUAUUGAAAAUGGUCAACAAUAUCAUUGCACUGCAACUGGUUGUCUUAAGCUGUUUAAGACACAACAAGAACUGGAGACACACACAUGUGGGAAGACUCGAGGAGUAUCAGGAAAAGAGAAAGUACAUAAGUGUGCCACGUGUGGGAAGAUGUUUGGUUGGAGGAGUGACUUAACAGCACACAUCAGGACAGUACACGAUAAGGUAGCGAGACUCAGCUGUCCCUACUGUAAAUAUAAAACUGAUACUCAGCAGCACCUCACAUAUCACAUGUUAACACAUACGGGAGACAAACAGUACAAAUGUACACAAUGUGACUAUACUGCUGUUCAGAAGCACCAACUCACUUCUCACAUCUACAAUAACCACACUAACAAGACAUACAAGUGUCGGUACAAGCAGUGUGGCGUUAAGAAACCUUCUGAACAGGAACUAUAUGAUCAUAUCAGCACAGAGCAUCCACUACAACAAUACAGAUGUGAUGUGUGUCCGAUGUCUUAUAACACAGCAGGACAACUUGAAUACCACAAGAGAACACAUGGUGAUCGUGAGCUAGAAUCACAACACGAGUGUAAGUACUGUGGAAAACUGUUUUUAGAAUCAGGUACUCUGAAGAGACAUGCUCUGACACACACUGGAGAGAAACCAUACAAGUGUAGUGUAUGUGGUAAGGGGUUCAAUAGGAGCAUUAAUUUAACUAGACACAUGAUGACACACACAGGCGAGAAACCGUUCUCCUGUUCUUACUGUGAUAGGAGGUUUAGGGUAGCUUCUAACAAAAACAGACAUGAAAUUACUUGCAAGAAUAAACCUUGUAACAUAAUGUCACUGUGGAAGGUGUUUGAAGGGGCCAGGUACUGUGGAGGUGUGUGUGAACACAGUCUCAAAAGAUACAAGAGAAUAAGAGAUAACAGAGAUAAGUUGGUGGAACUGGGUUUUAUGACACUAGAUGAACCACUGGAAUGUUACCGGACUAAAGAAUGGGAGGAACAUACCUCAGCCUACUCACAGUAUGAAAUAUUGCUGAAUCAGUAUGAAGAUGGGUUGAUAAAACUUGAGGAGGUUGUUAAUAUUGAUCCCAGAAACCCCGCUGAGAGGUACAGCUCAGACAGUGACAAAGACAGUCCUGUAGUCAAUAAGAAGAAGAAAUCUCCCAACAAAAAGAAGAAGUCCCAGAAAGGUAAACAAAAGAAUGGAAGAGUUGAGACUAAAAUGAUAAAAGAAGAACAGCUGGAUUGUGUGGAAUGUGUAAGACAAGUUAAUCAGCCUGAAGAAGUUGAAGCUCCUGAAGUAGAGGAACUAGAGAUGUUCCUACACUCAGAACCUGAGUCGGUACCAGCAUUACAAGAUCUAAUUGUCAACAAGAAUCUAGCUUCUCACCUCGGAGAAGGUCCUGUAGAUGUGUGUAAACUGAUAUCAGAAAACCCUGAGUUUACACAUGAAAUAUGUGAGGCUAACAUAGACUCUCUUAUGUCUGAUGAGGAGUUCUAUAAAAUUACUUGUGAGACUUAUCCUGGUGGCUGGGAGAAAUUCCUGGAGGACAUGGAGAAUGAAGAGUCUUCAGAUGAGGAGAUAGAUAGAAUUGAGCUGCCCCCUGACCUCUAUAAUGAACUUAUGUCAGACAAGAGUAAUGAUGUACCUGACGAUGAUGAGGAACAGUAUAAGUUUGGUAGAAUAAACAAGGACCAGGCAGAUACUUGUCUUGAUCGAGCACUUGAGUUGUAUGAUAACUAUCACAACAUGACUCAGGACGAGUAUAACGAGAAAAUGAAGGAGGUGCUCAAAGAUAUGGAUAGAAUUACUGUUCUAGAUAAUGAUGGCGACCAUACCAAAGCGAGUACUAACAAAAGUAACAUACCACAAAGAAAAGAAUAUAUUAGAACAACACCUGAACCGAAUGACAACUUACCCUCUUGUAGCGGUACACACAACGAUACUGAACGUAGUGACAUGGUAACUCCAGAUAAAAGAAGCAGCAGUUAUCAUAAGAGUAUAAGAGACAAUGUGAGAAUUGAUAACACAUCUGGUGUAACAACAGAGUCUAAUACCAGCUCCAGCUCUGUAACACAAACAAAGAAACUCCCCACCAUACUCAGUAACAGAGAAGUGUACGAGAAUAUUGACAAUAUUCCCCGUCCUUCUUAUUGGUUACCUGAGUCAGAACCUGACCCUGAGAAGAAAGAAGAAGAGAUAGAUGAUUUUGAGUAUCUAGGAAUGUUGGAUGAUGGUUAUCUACUGAGCUUGUUUGAUGAAGAUAAAGAAUCAGAAGAGAUGCCAAACACUGCACAGACACAAAUUAGUGUUCCUACAGAAAUGACUGCUGAGAGAGAUAACAUUCAGGAAGAAUUGUCCAAGACAGAACUUGAAGCAGCUGCAGGAAAAGGGUCUAAAAAUAGACGUAGUAAUCCUCCUAGAGUUGCUAAAGAGGGGGUUACAUACCGUGAUGAUAACGAUAAUCUGGAGGAGGUGUUACAGUCUGAAUAUUUUUGUUGGCAGUGUAAAGAUUAUGUGAGGGGAGAAUGUGAACUACAUGGUCCUUUACUCCCCUGUUUAGAAGACAUCACUCAACCGGGAACUAAGAAGACUGCAAACUUCCCAGUACCUAGUUGUAUUGAAAUCAAGGAAUCUACAAUUCCCAGGGCUGGAGAUGGAGCUUUUGCGUCUCAGUUUAUUGAACCAGGAAGUAUAUUGGGUAACUACAAGGGAAAAGUCAUAUCAGAAAAGGAGUACAAGAAGUUAGAGUCUUCAGAUAAAGAGAGUGGAUAUGCGUGGCGUGCUGUUAGCCAGGACGGUGAUGUUAUAUACCUAGAUGGGGCUAGUCACAGGGCUAGCAACUGGUUACGGUAUCUUAACUGUGCUCGGGGUCAAUGUGAAGAGAACGUCCUUGUUAGAAAUAUCCCAGGUGGAAUACAGUAUUAUUCGUAUAAACCAAUUGGGUUGGGAGAGGAAUUACUAGUUUUCUACGGAGAGGACUAUUUCGAAGAGUUAGGGUAUUCGUUGCAGACUGAUAUUGAAAAUGGUCAACAAUAUCAUUGCACUGCAACUGGUUGUCUUAAGCUGUUUAAGACACAACAAGAACUGGAGACACACACAUGUGGGAAGACUCGAGGAGUAUCAGGAAAAGAGAAAGUACACAAGUGCGACAAGUGUGGGAAGAUGUUUACUGAAAGAGGUACCUUAACUGCACACAUCAGGAGAGUACACGAUAAGGUAGCGAGACUCAGCUGUCCCUACUGUAAAUAUAGAACUGAUACUCAGCAGCACCUCACACUUCACAUGUUAACACACACGGGGGACAAACAGUACAAGUGUACACACUGUGACUAUACUGCUGUUCAGAAGCAGCAUCUUACUUCUCACAUCUACAAUAACCACACUAACAAGACAUACAAGUGUCGGUACAAGCAGUGUGGUGUUAAGAAACCUUCUGAACAGGAACUAUAUGAUCAUAUCAGCACAGAGCAUCCACUACAACAAUACAGAUGUGAUGUGUGUCCGAUGUCUUAUAACACAGCAGGACAACUUGGAUACCACAGGCGAACACAUGGUGAUCGUGAGCUAGAAUCACAACACGAGUGUAAGUACUGUGGAAAACUGUUUUUAAAAUCUGGUGAUCUGAAGAAACAUGCUCUGACACACACUGGAGAGAAACCACACAAGUGUAGUGUGUGUGGUAAGGGGUUUACUGAGAAAUGUACUUUAACUAGACACAAGAGGACACACACAGGCGAGAAACCGUUCUCCUGUUCUUACUGUGAUAGGAGGUUUAGCGUAGCUUCUACCAAAAACAAACAUGAAAUUACUUGCAAGAAUAAACCCUGUUGA